AUGGAGCGUGUGACAGAACUUUUGAACCCAAAAAGUGCCGUUUACGAGAUCGCGAUGAACAGUUUGCAUAUGCGAAAAGUGUGCGCAAAACUGGUACCCAAAGUGACACAAUUUCUAGCUGAUUCAAAGAUUCCAACGAUUCCCCAGCCACUUUACAGUCCUGACUUGGCUUCCAUAGACUUUAUCCUGUUCCCUUGUUUGAAAAUUCCAAUGAAAGGUAAUCAUUUUGGAACCGUUGACAAAAUCAAUGAUGCAUGGACCAGAACUCUGAAAAACAUUCUAAAAGAGGCCUACCGUGUCGCCUUUGAUGCAUGGAAAUCUAUGUAA